AUGGUAUCGAAUAUUAAUAAAACCAGAUUACCAUUAGGAUUGAAACCGUCAAACAGCACCACGUUAUCAUUUUCAUCAGGUUCAGAUGAAACGUUAUCACCAACAACAUCAAAUACUGAUAUAAGUCCAACACCAUCUUCAGCUAUUCAAUCUUCAUCAUCAUCAACUUUAUCAAAACAAAGCAAACCGUUUUCCAUCACAACCAUCUUAACAGAACAACAAAUGAUAACGAAAAAGACAAAGUCCAAAUCCAAGGCGACAAUCAUCAAAUCAAAUUAUUUAAAUUUGGCAAGUCAACAUGAAAUUUUUGUUUUUAGAUAA